AUGCAAAGAAAAAUGGAAGAAUUUGCGGACUGCACUGAAACGAGCUCAAAACAAGCUACCGUCAGAAUCUCAUGCCAAAAAGAAAAAAUAUUAUUUAAACGAUGUAAUGUCAUUUCUUUUUUAAUGUCGAUGCCACAGUCUGGUAAUCUACCCUCACCGAGUAGAGACAAUGAUAACGACUUAGCAGAACCUCCCAUAGAAGUGACAGAAACUAAUACGAGUACCAAUAAUACAGAUUCAACCGUCAUAGAAGAAGACAAUAAAGACCCCCUGAUACUCAAGAUUGUGAAGAUAUAUUACAUAGUAUGCCCAGAGGUAACCGUAAACUUCGCUAGAUUUCCUUCAACGCCAACAGGCAAGGAAAUCACCCUUAUUGAGCAAGCCACUGGUACUUGCGUAAGCAAUGCCGAGGUCGUCGGUGCUACUCCAACGUACCUCUGCAAAGGCGAUGGUAAAUGGACGCUACCUACUGGUGGAUGCAAGUGCAAGGCUGGCUUUCAACCUGAUAUGGACAAACAAACCUGUAACGAAUGUCAACAAGAAACUUAUAAGGCUGAAAUUGGUGAUGGUCCAUGUCUUCCAUGUCCUGCGUUUUCUCAAGGACCUCACUAUGGCUUGACGGAAUGUCGAUGUAUUUCUGGAUAUUACAGAGCACCUAGUGACCCUAAAAAUAUGUCAUGCACACAACCGCCGUCUGCACCACAGAACUUGACUGUAAGCUUCGUAGAUCAAUCAACUGUAAUUUUGAGUUGGCUACCUCCAGAAACCCUGGGUGGGAGGACAGACACUGCGUACAGGAUAAAAUGCGACGUUUGUAGUUUGGGACUAGUCCAGUAUAACCCAAGCAUGAUCUUUGCAGAAAAUGGUGUCUCGCACAUGUCUAUGAGGGAUUCCCCUCAAUAUGCUGAUAUUGUUGUUACGACUGAAGCUUCAGUAGCUAGCAGCAUUACUAAUAUUAGAGUCACAUCUGUCAAAAGCACAGAAAUUACAUUAGCAUGGGAUGCACCUUCUAUCAACGAUGGAUCUGAUAAUGAGAAUGAUUUGGUUGAAACAUAUGAGAUUCGAUGGUUCCAAAGAAAUGAUAUAGACUACAGCAACAACAGUUUGUUGAUCUCAGACCUGUCUGUAACCAUUACUGGAUUGCAACAACGAACAGAAUAUGGAUUACAAGUACGAGCUAAAACUCAACGAGGAUGGGGAGCAUAUUCUCCGGUUAUUUUCAAAACAACCGGUCAGAUAUUGAAUCCAGCAUACAUAGGCGAGGAAGAAGGUCUCAGGCUACAACUUGUCGCGGGUGGAAUUGUUGCUGUAGUGGUAAUUUUGGUUGCGGUUAUAGUUCUCACUGUAGUUUUUCUCAGAUCGCGAUCAAACGACGAAUGUAACAAGAAGCAACCCAGCGAUUGUGAUACAUUAGAGUAUCGUAAUGGAGAAGUGACAACGCCUCUCUUUACUGGAAUAAGUGGUUCUUCAAGAACCUAUAUAGAUCCUCAUACAUAUGAAGAUCCCAACCAAGCAGUAAGAGAAUUUGCCAGAGAAAUAGAUGCUAGUUGUAUUACAAUCGAAGCCAUUAUAGGAGGAGGAGAAUUUGGUGAUGUGUGUCGAGGAAAACUAAAAAUGAACGGAGUCGAUAUUGACGUAGCAAUAAAAACCCUAAAAGCUGGGUCCUUGGACAAAUCCCGUAACGAUUUCCUUACAGAAGCGUCAAUAAUGGGACAAUUUGAACAUCCAAACGUUAUCUUUUUACAAGGUGUAGUUACAAAGUCGAAUCCUGUCAUGAUUAUCACAGAAUAUAUGGAAAAUGGAUCACUUGAUACUUUCCUACGGGCAAACGACGGAAAAUUCCAAGUGAUUCAGCUGACGGGUAUGUUAAGGGGUAUCGCAUCGGGUAUGCAGUACUUAAGUGAAAUGAAUUAUGUACAUCGAGAUUUAGCAGCAAGAAACGUGUUGGUAAAUUCGCAGUUAGUUUGUAAAAUAGCAGAUUUCGGUCUCAGCCGAGAAAUUGAAAGUGCCACUGAAGGAGCUUACACAACAAGGGGAGGAAAAAUUCCGGUGCGAUGGACAGCCCCAGAAGCCAUCGCCUUCCGUAAGUUUACUUCCGCAAGUGAUGUGUGGUCAAUGGGCAUAGUGUGUUGGGAGGUAAUGUCUUAUGGAGAACGGCCGUACUGGAACUGGUCGAAUCAAGAUGUCAUUAAAAGCAUCGAAAAAGGAUAUAGAUUGCCAGCGCCGAUGGAUUGCCCGGAGGCUAUUUACCAAUUAAUGUUAGACUGUUGGCAGAAAGAGAGGACACACAGGCCUACUUUCCAGUCGAUUGUAAAAACUUUAGAUAAAUUAAUUCGAGUCCCCGAUACCCUAAGAAAAAUUGCUCAGAAUCGCUGUCAGCUGCCAUAUAAUCUUCCCUGGCCUUCACAAAACAUACCCUCUCACAUUACCUCAGUCAUGCAAUUAUCAGAACUACCUCAUCUGCAUCAUAAUCCCUACUUUGGUUCGCUUCAAAGGCGUAUAAACUAUGCACAAAAUGUAGCAGAAGUUGAAACCCAUCCAUACUAUGGACUUCCAGAUGUCAUUUUGCUACAGAAUUAUGGUGUCGUAUCUGAUAUAACGCACAAUGAACUAGAUCUGCGAAGAAGAUUGGAAAAUGAGUACCGAAACUCAGUGAUAGAACAUGAAAUGAAACAGAGAUUCAGCAGCUUACUUAACCUGAAACAAGACAAUCUCUUUGAGGCGAAUAGUGGUAACCAACUGAGGGAACUAAACACGAAUAUGUGGUUAAAUAACAACUUCGGAAAUGAUAGCAGGGAAUCAAACUUUAAGCAUAAAUCCCCAUUCUAUCCGAAUAUAGAUAUUCGACAAAAUAUAGACGGACCAGGAACUGCCAACAUGUUCUUUGACGAUGGCGACGAAUACGACCAACAGACAGAAAACUUUUUCGGAAAAAAACCGGAUCUCUUUAACGACAACAACGACUAUAGCAAAAGACCAGACCAUUUCUUCACGCAAAUGAUAAACAAAUCUGGUUCUGAUCUACUGGAACUAAGUGAACAGUUUUCUGAUAACUUCAAAGACGAAUCGAGUGCGGCCAAUACCAGUUCUGAUAAUUUAUUUAAUGAUGAAACUAAUGUAGAGAGGGUUGAAGCUAAGCCCGAUGUAGCGGAUACGAAUAACGCUCAGACUGGGGGAGCUUGGGUCAAUUUUGUUAAUGUGUAA